GGAAAGUUAAGCGAUGGCGAAAUAUGGUACAUCAAUCGGCAUCAAACAAGACGACGCCGCUCCGCAUGGGGCGAUGCCAAGUGGCAUGGGGUACGUGGAUUGGCACGAGAUUGUGGUCUUACAUGUUUUUUCCGUUUACGUCAGGAUACCGGUGAUCAAAUGCCUAAAAGCGAACUACGCAUUCAUCUUAUGCGCUGGAAGCAAUUACCCCAACCUCAUAACAAAUCGUUAUCGGUGUUGGAAAACAAUCGGAUACAGCCUAUUGUACAAUUCAUUGAUUCACCUGAUGCAAUGCAUGCACGGAUGUCUAGAUUCGUACCUGAUUGUCUUUACAGCGCUCAUGUUGAAGGAGCUACUGAAUCGUCGAUUGUCAACUUAUGCGACAUCAAAGGAGGGCUGUUUGGCACACUUGCAUUACCAGAUGGAACAUAUCUCAUAGAACCGGUGAAAGAUGAUUUUAAGAAGCCACGAAAAGCUUCAUCGUCCAGAGCUCAUAUUGUAUACAAAUCCCGAUCUCAUUCAUUCCACAAAUAUGGUUCCCCAAGUUCUUCUGGCAUUAUUACUACUACUCCUUCUCUAACCAUUGCUGCUGCCGCUGCUGCUGCUUUAUAUUCAACAAAUAAUAAUAGUAAUGAUUAUAAUGAUGAUAAUACUGAUAAUCAUAAUUCUGCCAAUGGUGAUAAUCAUGCCACUUAUCAUAUAAGUGACGAAUAUAUCGAAAGUGACAAUAACACUGCCUAUUAUACAACUCCAUUUGUUCCGAAUAUCGACACCAUUGGUAUGUUUUAUUAUGAAAAUUGAAA